ACCCAUCAUUUGUGGUCAGGCCGGAAGUCGAGAAAGGACUCGCAGUACAGUAAAAUUUUGCCAGCUAGCUGUUUGUCUUGGGGAGUUGCUGGCUGUUAUUAUUUUUCUCGCACAGUUUGGCGACGCGGGCCCGGCAUUGCGGUGUCUUUUAAACGUUUGUGUUUUCAAUAUUGUAUAGCUCACAAUGGGCCGCAAGAAGAAGAAGCAAUCGAAACCCUGGUGCUGGUACUGCAACAGAGAAUUUGAUGAUGAAAAAAUUCUCAUUCAGCACCAAAAAGCCAAACAUUUUAAAUGUCAUAUUUGCCACAAGAGAUUAUAUACAGGUCCUGGCCUCUCAAUCCAUUGCCUUCAGGUUCACAAAGAGGCAAUUGAUAAAGUACCUAAUUCAUUACCUAAUAGAUGUAACAUAGAAAUUGAAAUAUAUGGAAUGGAGGGUAUACCACCAGAAGAUGUGAAGGAACAUGAAAAGCAGAAACAGGGGAAGCAAGGACAAGCAGGUAGACCACAGUCUCCAAGUAGUGGCGAAGACGAACCUGCUCAAAAGAAACCUAAAUCUGAAGGGCUUCUUGGAAAUGGGCCUGCUCCUGGAAUGUUACCUCAUGGACAGAUGAUGCCAGGUCAAGGUCCUCCUGGCAUGCAGUUUCAAGGGCAAUUUACACCAGGACAGUAUGGGCACAUGGGUCAUAUGGGACACAUGGGGCCCAUGAUGGGCCCUCCGUUUAUGGCACAAGGUUUUUCUUCCAGAAUGAUGGGUCCUGUAGGCCAAAUGCCCGGGAUGACACCUGGUCAACAACCUGGUCAGCCAAAUGCACAAACACCAGGGAAGCCGUUGUUCCCUAGUGCUGCAAAUAUCGCAACAACAGGCACGUCAACACCUGUUGGAGCAGACUUCAAACCAAUUGUAACAACAGCACAAAACAAUGCUGGAGCCAUAGGACCUGUGAAACCCACUUUCCCAGCCUAUGGUGAUUCUAAGGAGAAUAAGAGCACAAAUGAUGCUAAAGAUGCUCCCAAAGUUGCCCUAAUUAACACAGCCACUUCAACAAGUAAAAUUAUGCACCCACCAGAAGAUAUAUCAUUGGAGGAGUUCCGAGCGAAACUUCCUAAAUACUCCAAAUCACCAGUUAAGUCAGAACCCUCAACCACAGUACCUGCUCAGUCCCCUGUACAAAGUCAAGCAAGUGAGAAUGAUCAUCGGAAUGCAGCUGUGGUAGCAAUGGCUAGAUUCCAGCCACGGCCCCAAAUGGCAGUAUCAGCUCCUGGUCCUGUGCCUAUGGCGCCUGUGAGCACAGCCAGCAUGAUGGUAGGACCUGGAAUGAUGCGACAUGCUGUGGCAUUAGGACAUCCUAUUCCUCAUGCCCAAAUGCUGCAUGGAGGUAACAUGAACAUGAUGCGACCGGGUCCCCCCAUGGGGAUUCAUCCAGGACUUAUUGGAGCAGCUGUACCCCAGGGUCCAAGUAUGCAGCAGAUGCAGCACAUGCAGCAUAUGCAACAGAUGCAACAAAUGCAGCAACAUAUGCAGCAACCAAUGCAACCUCACAUGGCUAUGCAACCACAUAUGCCUCAUAUGAAUCCAUAUGGUGGUGGUCCUCCAAUGGCCUUCCCUCCCAUGCUUAUGCAUCCACGCUUCAGAUGAUCAGGUAUCCCAGGGGCAAUCCUGUUUCUUGGAUUCAACCCCUGAAUGCGAAAUUAAACUAAAAGGGGGAAUAACCAACUACCUGCCUUCAGUCAAUGAAAAUAGGUUGACAUACUAUACAAUUUGUAUCCAGUCAAUUUAACAUUGUUUGUUAUAAAUAAUUUUUAACUUUACUUCUACACUUACUAUAAUGAUUUUGAAAAGAAUAGACUUUAUCAACUCUGCGAAUAUUGGCAGAACUCUUACCUAAUUGACAUGUUAAUUGCGUAAAAAAAAUAGUUUUUCUUUGGAAGUACAAAUGAAUGAGUUAAGUAUCUGCUAUGAAAUGGAAGAUUCCCUUACGGGUUGCGUUAAGGUUCUUUAUGAAGAGCACUAGCAUUAGUACAGUUCUUAACUUUGACUUUUCUUCGUUACAAAUGGAAAGUUUUACUUUCAUGUCCGGAUUGGCGUUCACCAGUUACAGCUGCGUGCCGUCUCACCAAGUCAGGUUUGAGAGAAUGUUCUUUCCUGCUGGUCCUCAGAUACGCACAGCUGUUUAAAGGGUGUUUGGACUUUGCUCUGUGAUAAACCUUCAAUCAUCUCAGGUUAGCAAAAUUCACUACUGAGGAUAAAUGGAUGUACAUUUCUUUGUUAUUCUAUUUUAAGUAAAUCAGUAUUUAUUUCUCAUUUGUGUAAAGCUGUUUGAUAUUCAAUUUGUGAUAAAGACAUGAUUUCCUUUCUAAAGAGCUCAACCUGCAGUUGGUUGAAAUUUUAUUAUGGUGUCAUAGAAUGAGUGCAUGCCGAACAUUCUGGCGCUGUAGCACUCCUGCACCGCUUCUUCCCCUACUGAGUGAUGUACCUGGCAUUCUGCUAGUUAUGUUAGAUAAUUUCAUUUAUAUUUCUUCUACCUGGAAGAGGCGUUGCUUGUGUUGUAUCUUUACUGUGGACCUUGCAGUAAAUAUUCUUUUUGUGUUUAACAGAGAUGCCUGUAAGUCAGUGGAGACGCUUCUUAAGUUAUCUAAGCACCAAUAGUUGAAGAGGGAUGAUCUUUUUCCUAUACAAUCAGAAAGAAGGUUAGAACUCUAUCUCAAAAUAAGCAGACACACCCACACAUACACAUACACUAAACUUCACUGAGGAAUGGAGGUGUGGUUGCAAAAUUUCCUGUACAGUAAGUUUGUUUCUUCAAUUUCGGGAACCAUCUAAAUUCAGGUGUUGGCAUUUAGUAGCUGGGGAUGCACAGCUCUUUCUGCUUGUGUGCUGUGCAGAUCUUCAUUUCUCUCUGCUAUGAAUGUUCAGUAGAAAUAUACUAGGGCUGAGUAAAUGAUUACAGUUUUCCUUUUCAUUAUUUAUAUUCACAGGGAUUCACACAUUUUUAAAUCAAAAUUUAUAAUUAUCUAUGUCUAAUUGAGAACUUUACUGCCUGUCUAUCAUUUGCACAGCCCUUUGACAAAGACAGCUUGGUUGUUAACCGUGUGGCUAUUUCUAGUAAAACUGUCAUUUAAAGUGCAAGAGAUUUAAAGUUCUUUCUGCAAUUUAAAAGGUAAGGUAAUCACUUUUUGCCGGAUCAGAUCACUCAAUUUACUUCCUGUGAAGGUUUUCUUCAACAGGUAAGAGCCAAUUUGCUUUUCCAAAUCUAAAUGCUGUCUUUAGUGAAAUUUAUCCUGUUCUGCAAAGACACUUCUACUUUCUGUUGUUGCAAUGGUCUUUAAUCCCAUAUGCAUCAAAAGUACUCUUUCUAUCAGCAGUUGAUAUUGUGAAACUUGUCUUUUUGAAAUGGUGAAAACCCAAUUCAUUAUGCGUUAAGUGUAACACAUGUGUGAAGGGCUUUGUGAAGCAAAUUAUUCACAACCCCUCUUUUCUACCAUCGGCUUUUAUUUUCAUUCUAAUUGCAAGAGGUUUACUGUGAAAUACCUCUUUUGUAGUUACAUUUUCUGUAUCAAUAAAUAGGUACCUAUUUGAUCUGA